UACUUUUGCCAACAAUGCGGUACUACGGCUGACAUAUCCGUGGUACCUGAAACUCGAAGAGACGACAGGAGAGUCUGUUAGCCAAAAGGAACCCGUUAAAUUAGAAGGGAGCGAACCAGGUACACACAUGCAGCUGACUAUUACUCUCAAUACUCUACAGUAUGGCCAGUCACGGGAUAUUUAUCUACGUUUUGACAGUGCGCUGAAAGAAGCCGUCGAUUAUGGGUUCGACGCAGAGGUUGCGCCCGUCGUAACCGCCGAGCUCGAGUACCAACGGUUCACCCCAGUCAUCGAAACAAUUUGCGUACUCAAAUCGCUACUGGAGCCCACAACAAGCAUGAGUGCUACUGAGAUCGCCUAUCAUGUUUCCCGGUCUGUAAUCAUGCUUUCUGGCCUCGCUCUCCCCUAUCUGCAGCAACGGAGAGCACAAACCGGUGACAAUGGAUGUACCGGGGUUUUUCGAUGCGCGUCUUCGGGAGCUCAUCGCCAGUCUUCUGGCUAGCAAGCCCGAGUUCGCCACUAGUGCUGCUUGUCUCUUCUCGAGGAUCUCUGCGGCGUAGACCCGCGGGGACAGAUUUCCUUGGCGCUCAGCCGGGCA